CCUCGACAACCAACCAACUCCUCUCCCUCCUCCUCGCCGACCAACCCGCUUUGGCCACCCAUCUUCAGCAAUGGACCCGCAGCAGGUCGAUCUCCUGGUCUCGCACUACCACUCCAUCCAGCAGUCGGUCUUGAUUCACACCGAUCCCCCCAUCGCCAACAGGGACAAUGCCCAGCCGGCCGGGUCGUCCUCAGAUCAACCCCUUGCGGCCCAGACCGGCCCGCAUCCCGAGCACAGCACCAUCCAUCUGCCCAGCCUGAUUUCGCUGCUCCACACCAUCCAGUCCUCCCAGCCGGAGCUUGGCUCGGACAUUGACCGCAUCCUGCGAGAAAUCGAUGCGGGUAACUACACCGAGGUUCUAUCGCUGCUCUCUCGUCUCCUGCACGGAUCGUGCGGGGUCGCCAUCGAAAAGUCAGUCGGCUCCAUCGAACAGCACGAACCGGCCGGGCUGGCCGACCCGCCGGAAGGCCCAGUGCAGGAGGACUCCACCGAUACCGGCAGCCGACGGCGGGUACGCUUCCUCAAUUCGGCGGGAUUCAUGAACAUUGAGAUGAACAGCGCCUCACCGACACCGCCGCCAAGUGCAUCCGAAUCGCUCAGAAGUGUCGGCAGCAGUAGCACUGGCAGCUCGGCGACGCUCAGCAACAACAGGCCGCCAUCUCUGCAAAGCGACGCUUGGUCCGGAUCGUGUGCCACUGCCCAUCCCAACGACCCCCCGCAGUACUCGGCCUCGGCCCAGUUCGACAAGAGCGCCUACAUUGCCGGUCGAAAACAGCGCCGCAACCAGCGAACCGCAGAGAAGAUCAAGGCAAGCCAGUCGUCCUCGCUCGUGUGGAAAAUCGAGCGCGAAGGGUCGGACGACGAAUCGGCAGCCCCAAGCAUUUCGCUCUCGUACCAGCCUCCCGAGUGGAUGCGCCAGCAAACGCAACCGCCGCCGUACUCCCUUGAAGACGAAAAGCGAAUGCAGCUCCCUGAUUCAUGUCUCAAGGCCUCGCUCCAGAGCGACUCGGAUCCGAUCGAGACCGAGACCGAGACCGAGACCGAGAUUCAGCCCAGAGAAUAUCCCAACCGCAGGUCGUCCAUGAUGGUGCAGAAUUUGCAGACGGCGCCGCUGCGCGACUCAAAUGCCGAUCUCACGGCCAUUCUCGAGCGCUCGGCGACGCAGGGUUUGACUCGAGAGGCGAGCUUGCUCUCGCAUGCCAGUCUGCGGUCGCGCAUGGUGGACUCGACAGCUUCGUCCGUGCCCAGCAUGUCAUGGUUUCCUUCGCCGCCUGCGUUUGUGGUUCCCGAUGCGAACGAGUCCGGCCGGGAGCAGCCGUAGACCCAGAGC